AUGUCUGGUCAUCUGAAUAUGUCAAUUGAUUCAGGUAGAGAGACAUCUGAAGAUCCAUCAGAUGUAAUUUCACCUCCUAAAUCAUCUAUACCGCUUCCUUCUUCUGCUUCUGCUUCUUCAAGUCCCCAGUCACGCUCACAUUCACGACAGACAAUAACGAAUUCCACAUCAAAGUCGGACAAAGCUGUACCAUCAAGAUCAAGAUCUAGAAUCGAUUCUGUCUUGAUACCCAGAAGGAGCUCAACGUGCUCAAGAUCCACCUCAAUGUCAAGAUCUACUUCUCCCGCAAAAAGGAAGAAUGAGAAAGGGAGAGGAGCAAAAUCGACUUCUCCAGAAAAGCAAACGAGGAAACUCGUACUCGCAUCAGGAACAGUGUCCGAAACGAGUCAUGGAGAUGGUGAGGACCAAGGAGACGGACUUGCAUCCGGUGUACGGAGGAAGAAAAGGAGGAUACACAGCGGAGUUGAAGAAUUGGAUGUCGAAGUGGAAAAAGGGUUGGACCAUGACAAUGCAGAGGCUCUCGGCGAGCAAGAUCGAUCUAAAGUCUUGUCCGAAGAGGCAAGUAGUUCCGUGCAUGACGGCGAGGAAUUCUCAAGACCUACAAACGAUCAAACAAUACCAGAGGAGGAUAGAUCACAAGUUAUCGUUGAUCACACAUCAGCUGAAAUGAUCCAGACCACUGCACCCGGUGGUCACGAUGGAACAGAUGGAAAGGAAGAUCUGAACCAGAAAGUAAUACAAGAAAUUGGAGAAGAUCCGCCGGAUAUCAGUGUACAAGUGAAUGACGAAGACACACUCAUCGAAAAAGCAACACUUAAUCAAAACGAAGCUCAGUGUCCUUCGGACGAAUUCUCUCUUCCCACAACCAUAGAAAAGGACUUACCGAUGGAGGAUGCAACAGUUGCUAGUCCUGGAUCUGAAUCUAUUCAACCUAAUAUUUUACCUUCAGCUACUGUCGGGCCUAUCAACGCUGCUGCUAAUUCUACCGAGUUGCCUGUUGAAUCAACGACAUCCCUUGAAGGAGUAAACAAAAUGCAAGACGAAGAUGAACCAAUCUCUCCUGCUCAAGUCUCGGCUAAAGAUGAGAUUGUGGUCGAGCGACAACCGGCUUCUAAGGAUCAGACACACCCAAUUGCACACAUAGAGGGGCAACCCGUCACACCACCGCUCUUUCCCAUAGGAGUUUCAACAGAAGAGGACACAAAGGAGAGUAUUUCAUCACAAGACAAUGCAGGAAGGCCGACAGAGACUGAAAUUGAUCGAAUGAAUAAUUUCGGGGACGCAGCUGUAUCUGCAGAUCAGGCAGAGAUUGUAACGGACCAUCACGCAUCUGAUGCCCCGACCGAGGAGCGAAUCAAUAUCGAUGAGCACUUCAUUGUGGAGAGUAAAGAUACUGUGAAGAACGCCAACGAGGAAGAAGAACGAGAAGGAGGCGAGAGUGAAGGUGAAAUGGAAUUGGAUCCGUCAAUGCAUUAUGAACUCCCUCUACCGCACGAAGAUGAACAAUCAAGUGUUGAUACAGGUCAAACGCCUACGGCUACUCCUGCACCUUCGUCCCCUACAAAAUCGAUUUCUUCCACUUCUAAACCUACCAAAAAACCUGCUCCCGCGAAUAAGAAAAAAGGUCCUGCCGGUAAUACGAAGAAAACCUCUACGCCUACUUCUAGCAGUAAUCUUCCCAAGAAAGGUGGAAAAGGUAAAGGCAAAACAAAGGUGGAGGAAUUAAAAGCUGAUUCAAAAGCUAGAUCAACAACUAUCUUUGAUGGAGCAUCCUCAUCACCUCAAACACCGAGUAGAUCAACAUCAUAUAUGAAUUCGCCAAAUCCAUCUCCAGAUAAGAACGCAGUGUAUUGCGUUUGUAGAAAACCCUAUAAUGAAGAAGACGAUGAGGUCUUGAUGGUCGGCUGUGAGAGUUGUGAUAAUUGGUUUCAUCCUCCUUGUGUCGGUUUGAGUGAAAGUAUGGUAGAAGCUUUAGAUGUCUAUAUCUGUAAAAGCUGUGAACGGAGUACACACCAAAGGACCAUUUAUAAGCAAUUGUGUAAAAGAGAAGGAUGUACAAAAUCCGUUGCUGGCACAUCUUCAAAGUUUUGCUCCCCUUCAUGCGCUUACCAACAUUCACAAUCAUUACUCUCUUCUUUGACAAACAAGAACACCUUGAAACAACUUGCUAAAACGUUCGUUUCUUACCCUGCACCAGAACUAGGAGUUCACGUAACUCAACAUCGCGAAACACCUAUUCCAACCACCAAAAACCCACGACAAGUCAAUGAAGACCGAUUGAUGCAGUUAGAAGCCCAAAUGGAAGAAGUGGAAAAGGCAAUGACGGUGUUGAGGAAGCGUCAAGAUAUCCUAAAGCUAGCUGUAGAGAAAUGUGAAGAUUUACCUUCUAUAACGGCUGUAGUGGAGGAAGAGGAAGUCGAACAGAAAAAAGGAAAGAGAAAGAAAGGUUCUGGCGCAGGUGGAGGGGCUGGAGGAUCGAAAGACGAUAGGCCUUGUGGAUGGGAUAAAUUGUUGAUUCUAGAUGAUGGCGAACUGACUAGGCUUGCUGGCGUUCAACAAGAAGAAGAGGGAAGGCUCUGUAUGAGAGGUAGAAGGAGAUGUGAUAGACAUCAAGGAUGGCAGAAGACCAUAGCUGCUCAAUUGAAGGGCGAACAGACCAGUCUAGAACGAAUGCAGAAACGUCUGAAUGGAUUUAUUGAAGAUCUGAAAUCCUCCAUUGAGAUAAAAUCAUUUUCGGAUGACAUCCGGAAUGGAUUUUUAGAGAAAAAAGGUACUUUAAAAGGUUAA